GAAGUGUUCAGAUUGAAACACGAAUUGGAACAGAAUUCUUGCUCUUCUUCUAGUAAAGCGAGUAGCUGCGGUGCGGGCCUUCUUGAGGAUCAAGGCCAACAGCUACAAGAAGAAACGACGAAGUACAACCCUAUCGUUCUGUACGGGACGCUUCCGCCCGAAGUGCGUCAGAAGCAGGUGCAGAAAUUCAACGAAAUUUGUGCGGAGUUUUACACAGCGAAAGUCCUAGGUAAAAAUGCGACACAAGAACCGAAACCUGGUUGUCGUUCUGCUGCUCGUGCUGCUACAUCAUCGCAAGAACAACACAACAUGAAAAUUCCUGUCCUCAUCGCAACUGAUUGUAUCGGGCUCGGGGUGAAUCUGAGGAUCAAACGGAUUUUGUUCUCUGCAACGUCAAAAUUCGACGGGAAUAAGAGGAGAAAGCUGUCGGAGGACGAGGUUAGGCAGAUCGCGGGG